AUGAAAAAAAAAUGUAGUUCUCAGACGAUAUGGGGUGUUAGAAAAGAUGGAUGCGUUAGACUAAAAAAAGACGAUUGUGAGUUAGCGACCGUCACCGCCGCAGCCCUCGCUGUAAUUUUUGUGGUAGGCUUUGUGGGCAACACUUGCACUUGUUUGGUGAUUAUUCGUGCAAGAGCCAUGCAUACACGGGCCAACUUCUUUUUACUCAGCCUUGCUUGUUCAGAUAUGCUUCUUCUUUUGCUAGGUAACAAGAUUACAACAAAUAUAUUUGGAAAACCCUUGCAUCAAACCAUUAUUAUAGCUUGUCCAUUGGACUUCUAUACAUUAAUGAACUGUUACACCGUUACAAGCGACUUUUUAUGCAAGUUUUGGUUUUUCGGAAAAGAAGCAUGGGGCUUCUUGUCUGUACUCAUUAUAUGCUCUUUCACUGCGGAACGCUGGUUGGCCAUAUGGUAAGC